AUCAACUCAGUCUUUAUUUUGUUGGUCGUCAUCACAUAUGGCCGUCUUCCUCGCUUCAAGAGCAGAUUUAGUGCUAUGAGACUCCCCAGUACUCAAAUCAACAGAGGGAUGACAGGUCUCUGCGAGGAGAGUGUUGACAUACGAGAACAGGAGCCUACAGGAGCAUGUGAUGGGUAUGUUGGUGAGCUGGUGGGAACCAAAAUAGAUUUUCAACCUCCAUGAGCAUGGUGCUUCAGGGUGCUUCUUACUGCUGAUAACCAUCUUUUUCAUUCAGCGCUCAGAUAGCGUACUGAAUUAUCGUCCAGCCUUCCAUGCGUUCUCCCAACAUGUAUCGUCAUAGUAUUCAUAACGAUCAUGAAACCAACCUGCGAGACGAUUCUGAGAAGACCCAACUUGAUGUCAUUACUGCAGCCAACAAACAAGGCCUCCAAGGGGCAGAAGACGUCUUCGUGGAUGAAGAAAGUCACCAGAUCCAGUACAAGACGCUCACCUGGCAGGUAAGCGAGCAGAAAUACACCCAGGGCAGUGCUUCGCCAGAAAGCUUAGUGACUGAACUGAACCAUUCCUACUUUCUUCGGGGCAUUCAAUGCAUCCAUCCUCAGUUCGUCAGUCUGCUCAUGAUUUCGGAGAUUGUGAGCAAUGGAAUGCUCUCGCUUCCCAAUGCCGUAGCGGUCGUCGUAGGUAUUGUUCCGUCAGCGAUCUUGACGGUAUUUCUAGGCGUCUUCGGGCUGUUCACCGCGAAGUUGUUGAUCGAUUUCAAGGGGAACCAUCCCGAGGUCCACAACAUGGGAGACGCCGGUUACAUCUUGUUUGGACCAGUAGGCCGUGAGGUUUUAUCACUUGGUACAAUCAUCUUCGCCAUCUGCGGUACUGGCUCCGAACUAUUGUCCGGACAACAAGCCCUUUCAGCACUCUCUAACCAAGGACUAUGCACAAUAUACCUUGUGCUCAUUUUUUCCAUCGCAACCUUCCUUUUGGCCCUACCUCGGACCUUGGAUCGCUUCAGUUGGCUUGCCUUGUUGAGUGCGGCUUUGAUCACGGUCGCCGGUGUGGUGGCUAUGGUUGGAGCGGGUGUCAAUCCGAUUCCAGGGCGUAUCAUCAACGCUACCGUGCCAACUACUUUUUACCAGGCAUUCUUAGCUAUCACUGGUCCGGUAUUUGCUUAUGCUGGCAAGUGGCAGUUCUUCAUCCUUAUAUCAGAGAUGCGGCACCCCGAAGAUGCAAUGAAGUCGGCUUGGGUGCUGCAAGUAUUCUGUACGACAUUCUACGUCAUCUUCAGCAUAGUCGUCUACAUCUACAUCGGUAGCACCGUGCAAUCGCCAGCAUUACUCUCCCUUCCCCCGAUCUGGGCGAAAGCAUCCUUUGGUAUCGCACUGGCAAACUUCUUAUUUGCCGGUGCCUUGUACUCCCACACUGCGGCCAAACUCGUUUUCGUUCGUCUCUUUCGCCAUUCUCGGCACGUCUACUCACACACGAUUCUGGGAUGGGUCGUAUGGGUCUCGCUGUGCUUCGCAGCUGUUGCGGUAGCUUUCAUUCUCGCGGUCGCGGUUCCGAUAUUCUCAUAUUUGAUCGGCAUCGCGGCUGCGUUGUUUGCCUCUUGGUACACGUAUGGUUUGGCUGGCUUCUUUUGGCUGUACGAUGCAUAUUAUCCGCACGGUGGUGCUCGAGCUUUGAGAACUAGAUGGAUCGGGACAACCCUGGCAGUUCUAACCAUUGUAGCUGGUGCUUUCAUUUGCGUAGCCGGGACGUAUGUUUCUGUCGAGGUGAGAAGCCUUCUACGCAUUCUGCUGUGGGAUUCUGUACUCAUAACCGGUCACUUCCGAAACAUGCAGCUUAUUGUCGUGGCCUAUCGGAGCGAUAUUGUGGAGAGACCAUUUACCUGUUAA